AUGGGUGACCCGGGGCCUGAGGUCGUGGACCCGGUCUCUCCCUCCAGACUCGAGGCUCCCACGUCUGCGGCGGAGGAGAACGAAGACGACAUCCAUUUUGUCAGUAAAGAACCCUUAAGACCUGGUCUUGAAUACACACAUCUGGUCAGCAGUGACGAUGAAAAGCCUAGCACCUCUCAUGGUGAUAAAAUGUCUAAAUCUAAGGUGCCAUCCUCUGGGAAACAUCACUCUAGCUGCAGUGUUCCUCUUCCCAUUGGAGACAGCAGCUCCUCCUCUGAGAGUUGUGCCAGCAGCUCACAAAGGAUAGUUUCUCGACUUUCUUCUGUUGAGAAUCCAUUGGAAAGCCAGAAAAAUGCUCAAAAUAAUUCUGAUAAUAAGAUCUCUGAGACAGAGACACAAACUAUCACAAAAUUAUCAGACUUUGCCUUCAUCUCUACUUCUGCUCCCCAGGAAUCUUUGGACUCUUCUGAGAUCAAAGAGGAUUUACCCAUAGAGUCUUCUGCUUCACAGCAUGGACAGGAUGCCAUCCUCUAUCUCCAGACACAAGUGGCUGAGAUGUCCCAAGUAAUAUGUGAUCUGCAGUCCAAGAGCUGUUUUAGGCUUCAUCGUUCUAUCAAUGAGAGUUCUGCAGUUCCUUGGGACCUCUCCACAGCUAAGGAAGAAAAUUUAUCAAUAGGUGAAGAAGGUGAUUGCAAAUCCCCAACAGCUGAUGACAAAGGGCAGCCAACUAACCCCACCCAGUCUAGUUUCACAGGCCUUUUGAAGGGAAUGGAACAGAGAGGUGUUAUAAAGAUAACAUUACAAUCUGAAACAGAAUCAUGUGAAGGGAAACCUAACUGGGUAACCUCUAAAAAACUUUUGGUUCCUCCAUUGCAUCCUUUUUUGAGAAAUGUCACCAUUGAAGUUUUUAAGGACCCUGUUGAUUGUCACCCUUCUUCCUUCAUGGGACACAAGGUAUAUCCUGUGUCCAAGGAUACCUCUCCUUUCCAACCAAAUCCACCAGCUGAAGAUCCCAUUGUAGAAGCAUUAGAGCACAGCAAAAGACGAAGCACAACAUCUCCUCUAGAUUCUACCUCAAAAGAAAUGGAGGUCAUGGAUUGUGGAUUUUACCAUACAGCUUGAGCUGCUAGCUAUAUGGCUUAUAUGACUCAGUGUCAGCGUAAGCUCUGGGAAGACAUGGAGGAUUUAGUUCAUAACCCACGGUUUGAUGGUAGAAAAGCAAGGUGUAUAAUAUCUAAAGGUAUGGAUGCAGGCCUUUGGCAACCUUGUACUACUAGACACAUAAGAGACUCUGUAGUCAGAGUUAUGGCCAUAGCAAGAGACUAUAGAAGGCAGGCCUGGCUCCAAUUUACAUCUCUCAGUAAGAAAACCCAGAAGAUCUUACACUUGCCCUUUGGUAGUUCUUCUCUUUUUGGACAAGGUGUAAAUGCUGUUGAUGUAGAAGAAAACAGUAUUAAAGAAAAUGAAUAUAAGGAUCACAAUAAAUACUAUAACCAACAUCGAUUCUUUAAUAGUCAUGAUCAGAAAGCAUAUUAUCACAAUAGAGCAUAUUCCAGGGGGGAUUGGUACAAAUUCCGAAGCCACCCCUAUAGGUAGAAAAAGGGAGAAUCUCAAGAACGACACGAAUACAAGAAUUAA